GCCGUGUCAACCUAACCUCAUUUAAAAGUUUAUAGCAUAUUUAGCACGGUAUCUGUUCAAAAAAAAUGGCAACAGUCGACAAAAAUAAAUUUACGGAUCUGAAAAAAUUCAUCAAAGAAGAACCAGGGAGUAUCCAAAGACUGCAAUCUAUAAAAUUACCUCGUGAUUUGAAUCUAGGGCUUCCAAAACAAACGAAAAAAGUGUUCGUGCCUAAUUUAAAUGCUGUUAGAAACAGAGAUAAACCUAAAGAAUUUAAUAACCGCAAUGACAAGAACGUCAAAAAAUUCAAGGAUCGUAAGAACACCAAAAACAACAGAGAUGCUUCUUCGAGGUUCGUUCAAUCGUCCGGAGUGUUCUCCGAAGGUAUAGGAGAAGAUGCCGUGCGUUCCAGAAGCUGGGGCGGAAGAAACGGCGAUAGUACCAAUAGCAAUAGUGCCCCUGCCAUAUCGAUGCCUACUAUUAAAAAAAACUCAUUCCAAGUGGAUAAAAAAGUCGAAGAUAGUGUGUUGACUAAAAUAACUGACUGUGAUGACGAAAGUGAUGAUGAGAAAUUGCCUUUUCAACCGAUUUCUUGGCAAAAUAAGCUACAAAAACCUACUCUAUUAGAAAUUAAGAAGGAAAUCGAUGAUAAAGAUGGUGUAACACCAUCUUUAAAGAAGCUGAAAUUGGACCCAGAUCUUGAUAACAACAAUUCAUCUUUAGCUCUAAUCAAUGAAUAUUAUAAAGAAGAUAAUUUCAAUAACGAUCAGCCAUCGAUUUCCCUAUGGGGUUUGCCCGACUCUUUCGCUGGGAAAGGCUUGAGCGAUGAUCCUAACUGCAAAAAAUUAUUCGAUUACUGCCUAGGCGAUAUGCUGGAAGGGCAAAUCGGUAAAAUAGUAUUGAGGAAGUCCGGACGUAUGGAAGUUCACAUAGGAAAUAUGAGCUACGAAUUGGAACCGGAGGCAACCGAGGCUUAUAAAGAGGAUAUAAUUUCAUUAGAAACUCAGGAAAACGAGCGCAUCAACGCAGCUAUUCUAGGAAAUAUAAAAAAUAGAUAUUUUUUAUCUCCGAAUUGGGAUAAACUACUUUUAUAACGUUCAACUGCCUUAAAUUUGUGAUGCCUAAUGGCUUGUUAAAAUAACGUUUUAUAGCUUCAAUGAUAUUGUGAUAAUACUACUUUAUACCUCCC